AUGUUUGACAAUAAAAGUCUUAGAGGACCUGUGCAAUGUGUUCCACUUCAGCUGCUCGAUCAGACGUGGUCGGAUUUUAUCAAGAAAGCAAAGGAGGGAGGACUAAAUGCGAUUGAAACCUAUGUGUUCUGGAAUGCACAUGAGCCCCUUCGUCGACAGUACGAUUUUAGUGGCAAUCAUGAUCUCAUAAGGUUUCUCAAGACGAUCGAGGACCAAGGACUUUACGCCAUUCUUCGCAUUGGACCUUAUGUUUGUGCCGAGUGGAACUAUGGUGGAUUUCCUGUGUGGUUACAUAAUAUGCCUAAUAUUGAGAUCAGUUCUGUUUUUAUGAGGACCUGUGCAAUAUGUUUCACUUCAGCUGCUCGAUCAGAUGCUGGAAAAGCAUACCUUAAUUGGUGUGCAAGCAUUGCCGAGUCACCCGAUAGUGGAGUUCCAUGGAUUAUGUGCCAAGAGAGUGACUCUCCCGAACCAAUGUUGAACACAUGCAAUGGAUAUUAUUGUGAUCAAUUCACUCCAAACAAUCCAAACACCCCAAAAAUUUGGACUGAAAAUUGGACUGGAUGGUUUAAGAAUUGGGGAGGUUUAGAUCCUCAUAGAACAGCUGAAGAUGUUGCCUUCUCUGUUGCUCGAUUUUAUCAGAAGGGUGGCGCGGUACAGAAUUAUUACAUGUACCACGGUGGAACAAACUUUGGAAGAACAGCUGGUGGCCCUUACAUUACCACAACUUACGAUUACGAUGCACCCCUCAAUGAAUACGGAGUCGAGUACAAUGUACCUGCAUGGUCCGUCAGUAUUAUUCCCGACUGUAAGACAGAAAUUUACAACAUGGAUAGGCUAAACACUUGGACUAAUUUGAUGGUGAAGAAGCCGAAUGAGGCUGAGGACGAACCUGCCUCUUUGAAAUGGAGUUGGAGACCCGAGAUUAAUCUCGAACAAACUAUUGUUCGAGGAAAGGGACAAAUUUCUACAAACAUGAUUGUGGAUCAAAAGGUUGCAAAUGAUGUUAGUGACUAUUUGUGGUACAUGACCAGCCUUAACCUCGACAAGGAUGAUCCUAUCUGGACUGAAGAUAUGAGCAUUCGCAUCAAUGCAACUGGACAUAUUUUGCACGUUUAUAUCAAUAGCGACUAUCUUGAUUCACAGUGGGCAACAUAUGAUGUAACCAACUAUGUAUUUGAGAAGAAGGUUAGAUUGCACCCGGGAAAGAAUCAAAUAACUUUACUUAGUGCAACCAUUGGCUUUCAGAACUAUGGUCCGAAGUUUGAUGUUGUACAAGCUGGAAUAUCUGGACCAGUCGAGAUCAUUGGUAGGAAAGGUGAUGAGACAAUCAUAAAAGACCUGUCAUCACAUAAGUGGUCGUACAAGGCUGGAUUGCACGGCUUGGAUAACAAAAUCUACAGUUCAGAUUCUAAAUUUGCUGCUCCGUGGAAUACAGAAGAUCUUCCUGUUAAUAGGAUGUUGACAUGGUACAAGACUACAUUCAAGGCUCCUUUAGGAGAAGAUCCAAUUGCUUUAGAUAUGCAAGGUUUAGGCAAAGGUGUCGCUGGGGUGAAUGGAAAUAGUAUCGGUCGCUACUGGCCGAGUUAUAUGGCAAAAGAUGACGGAUGUUCAACUGAUGCCUGUGAUUAUGGCGGUUCAUAUUACAGCAGUAAAUGUGACACAAACUGUGGUCAACCUACUCAAAGAUGGUACCAUGUUCCCCGUUCCUUCAUAAAUGAUGAUGUUAAUGAAUUGGUGCUCUUCGAGGAAUUUGAAGGAAACCCGACUCCUGUCAACUUCCAAACUAUUAGAGUUGGAACAGCAUGCGGCAUUGCCUAUGAGAACAAGGAUAUGGAAUUAUCGUGCCAGGGUCGUCCCAUUUCUGCAAUCAAAUUUGCUAGCUUUGGCGACGUACAAGGAACUUGUGGGUCAUACGACAAGGGCAGCUGCAGGGGCCAAAAUGAUGCACUAUCAAUAGUUCAAAAUGCCUGUGUUGCGAAAGAAUCGUGGACAGUUAUAGCAUCGGAAAGCACUUUUGGUGCGGCCAACUGCGCCGAAGGCAUAUCCAAGAAGCUUAUUGUAGAAGCACUUUGUUAG